AUGAGCGACAACAUUGAAACAUCACCGGCAGCGGCUGACACUGCCAGCGGCCAUGAGGUCGCUCUCAAAGGGCAAGUCGCUGAUGAAGGCUAUGAUAUUUUUGAGGAAGGCAUCGCGCAGUCCGUGCCGCAGGAUGUUGCCAAUGCUGUCAGGCGCAAGAUUGAUCGCCAUCUUUUAGCAUUGAUGUGCUUGCUGUAUGGCCUCAACUAUGUCGACAAGGUUGCAAUGGGAUGGGCAGUAUUGUUCGACUUCCGCAAAGACCUUGGUCUGGUGGGAGAUGAAUAUUCAUGGGCCAGCUCCAUGUUUUACUUCCAUCUUGGCCUGCGAAACUUUGCCGGACUGAUGGUAGUCCGCUUCCUCCUCGGUGUAGCUGAAUCGGUUGUAACUCCUGGCAUUCUGCUGUAUACUUCUAUCUGGUACACCCGAAAGGAACAGGUCUUGCGUACGAUGCUGUGGGCUGCUAUGCAAGGGGCAUUUUCCAUUGUUUGCAGCUUGUUGUCUUUCGGCCUGGGUCAUAUUACCAACACCGCCUUGAGGCCUUGGAUGUACAUCUUCCUAGUCUUGGGCAUUCUCAGCAUCUUGGUAGGCGUCCUCUGGAUCAUUUUUAUGCCGGAGACCCCCAACAAGGCCAAGUUUCUCACACACGAGGAGCAAGUCAUUGCCGUACAGCGUGUUGCGCAAAACAUGACCGGCAUCAAAGGGUAUGAAUGGAAGCACUACCAAAUGUGGCAUGCAGUAAUCGAUGUCAAGACUUGGCUGGUACUGGUAUUUGUUCUCUUCACUCAACUCCCUAAUGGCGGUCUCACAUCAUUCGGAAGCCUGGUUAUCUCAGGGUUCGGCUUUGACGCGUUCCGAACACUGCUCAUUGGCCUUCCUUCAUCCGUUGUCAGUGCGGGGAGCAUGAUUGUUUGGGGAACCAUUUCAAUUAAGUAUGGAAAUCUCCGAACAUGGGGCAUGAUUAUACCUCUGCUGCCUGCGAUUGCAGGAAUCGCGGCUGUCUAUGCUACUAUGGAUACGGGGGCAAACAAGUACGGGCGGGUAGUUGCAUACUGGCUGAUCAACUCGUAUGCUGUAACAUGGCCAUUUGUCUUGACUAUUGUCGGUCAAAAUGUCGCAGGCCAUACCAAGCGGGCAUUUACUAACACCAUGCUCCUAAUGGUCUUCGCUGCUGGAAAUAUCGCUGGUCCAUUCUUUUUCCGCAGUCAAGACGCCCCAAAGUACGUUCUUGCUAUUGCGGUAGUUUUGGUCUGUUUCUGCGCGGCACUUUUGACUGCGAUCGUCUUACGAUUGUACAUGGCUUGGCAAAAUAGGCGCCGGGAUAGCAAGUACGGUAACGUUGAUGGGGUCGAGGAGAAGGUUGACGGGAUGAGGCUUGGAAUGCACGACAAGACAGACUUGGAGAAUUUGGAUUUCAGAUACGUUCUCUGA